GGCACAACAAUCAUGACAUGGUGCCGUGCUAGAACCCUUUUAUACAAAUCGAAAUGACUACACACACGCUACUUUGCUAUGGCGACAAAUACACAAAUGGCUGAUUUUAUGUCGCCGAACAACGGAAUUUUGAACCACGAGAAUCCCGAUUUUGCCGUAUUUGGAGUAAAUAAUAAAGAACUCAUCGAUGGCAGUUUAAAUCCACAGCGUAGACAAACAUGCACCAACAUUCCAUUACUACCGGCAGCUUUGCAGCCUCGACUUCAUCAGAAACGAUCAUCUAUUGUAAAUAAUAAUAGUAAUCUAAAUGAAAACAUGAGCAACACAAAUCUGGUAUCAUUACAAACAUUAACAGAUGGAAAAAUCCAAGCUACUAGGUCUCAAUGUAUCAAGAGUCGUAAUCCAGAACGAAUGAGUUUAGAUAGACGAGGUUUGAUGAGCGUUCCAGUGAUUACUGGCGAAGCUCGUCUUCGACUGUUAUCAAUGCAACAUAAUUUACUAACAAAAUUAGAUGGUAUUUCUGGAGCUGGUUUAUCUAGACUAGUUUUCUUGGACGUAUAUGGUAAUCAACUAGAGAGAAUUACAGGUCUUGAAAGCUUGAACAAUCUACGUGUUCUUUUGUUAGGAAAAAAUCGAAUUAAACGCAUUGAGGGUUUGAAAACGUUACAUCGAUUAGAAGUUCUAGACUUGCAUGGUAACCAAUUAACUCAAGUAGGUGGACUGCAAAGUCAAGGUGAAUUAAAAGUUUUGAAUCUUGCUGGUAAUCAAAUCAAAGUAUUGGGUUCAUUGGACCUUACUGGCCUCAGGUCGUUACGAGAACUUAAUCUUCGAAGAAAUCGUUUAAAAUGUCUGUUAGGAUUUUCAGAGACUCAACAGUUAACGAAACUUUUUCUUAGUAACAAUGAAAUUAACACUAUUGACGAUAUGCCAAGUUUGGUGCAUUUAAAUAAGCUCCAAGAAUUAGCUAUUGAUAAUAACCCUGUAUCGGCUGUAGAAGAAUGUGUAUCAUUUUUGGUAUCACAUCUAUCUCAGCUUCAAGCACUAAAUCGUACUCAGGUGACCGAUCAGAUGAGACGUACUGCUGUGAUUUGGAAAGAAACUCGAGAAAGUCUUAAAUGUGUUGCAGCAAAUUCUAUACAAGAAUCCGGAAAAAAAGGUCGUGACAACAUAAUUUAUAAUGCUAAGUCUAAUUGGGAACAAAUGCGGUCUCAGCAUUGUGUAAAUCCCAAUUUAGCAACUUCACUGAAGGAUCUAAGAAGUUCAACAGAGACAGAAGAUGGUACUAAAAGUGAUUCUGCAUUAUGUAAAAAUUCAUUGGAAGAAAAUCCCGAAACAGCAACUGCAGAACAACGGAAAAAGAAAAUGUACUUUUUAUAUAAGAAUCGAACAUUUGUUGAAAAGAAGCUUUGUCGUCGUCCAACAACAGACAAAAGUGACACGGUGCCUGUAACUAGACUACCGCCAAUAUUGAACCAGUAUCUCAACCAAAGUCCAACUUCCAAAAGAAAAUCUGAAUUUAGACAAAAUGAUAGCAGUAGUUUAGAAAUAUAUCCGUCUGACCAUAGUGAACAAAGUAAAAGGAGUGUUUCCAGUUCAGUGAAUAUGGACGCUUCUUGUAGUGAUGACACCAGUAGCAGUUGUGAAUCAUCUUCAGAAGAAAAAAUCACCAAAGAACCAGCUAUCAAUACUCGACCAAUAAAAAGUGCUAAUCCUAGAAUGUCAGCUCCUAUCAUAAGUGAUCAGCAAGAAAGUAGUUUUAGACCAGCAACAUCCAGACCAAAACCAAAAUGCAAUGGUUCCAACCCAAAAGAUAAAAAUAAAGAGCAAGGUGGUGAUUAUUUAGUCGAAAUAACAGGAAAGUUCUUAAACGUAUACGGGCAGGGCAGUUUGCGAUACAUAGACAAACCUUGGAAUCAAUCAAAAUCAAAUGAUGUUUCAACAAUUAAAUUCAAUUAUGUUAAUUUCAAUUCUCUUGUACCAGUUUUUUCAAAAAUUAAAAAUCGUUUUCCAAACGCUGAAAACUAUUUUUUUCGCGACACAAAUAUUUACUGCCUUGGUCAGUUGAAUGCUCUAGCCGAUUUACAAGGAUUGGUUUCUUUGUACAUACAUGAAGAUGGAAAUCCUAUUACACGAAAAGAAUGGCAUUCUUAUGCAAUUUAUAGAUUAUCUCAUUGGGGAUUAAAAUUUAUUAAUGAUAAAGAGGUGGAUGAACCUCAAAUAACCAAAUCAAUGGAUACUUUUAAGGGACUAAGUAAUUUAGUAUUAUACUCACUGCCAGAAUCAUUGUUGACACCGUUGCUCAAUAAAUUACAGUUAGAUUAUAGUGCUGAAGAAAGCGCUUGUAAAUGGUUAAAGUCAUCAGACCCAGCUUUACGUAAUGUUGUUUGCAAAGAAGCAUUGCAAUGGCGUAAAAAUGGAAAUGCUCAGGAUGAAUGUAUUUGGAGACACAAAGGACUAGUUCAUUUCAAUUCAUUGAUCAAUACUACGUGUCUAGCAAUGGCAAAGCUGAUUUUAUUAGAACAGGAAUGGCCUAUUGUGCUCAAAGAACUCAUACAAAAUACAUUAGUUGACUAUUCACAACUUGAAGAGUACAUGAAAAGGAAAUUAAACGAUCUGCGACCUACUUAAAAUCAAUUAAUUUGUACCGUGUAGUUUCGGUCAACGUGCAACUAAAUAAUAUAUUAUUACCUACUAUAUACAUAUUUUAAUUAUACUCAUUCAUUUUAUACAUGCUCAUUGUAGACUUGUACUUACUUUGUAGAUACUACAAUUAUUAUAUUACUAUUGAUCCCAUUUUAUGUUCAUAAAUAAUAUAAUUCAUCCAUUUGUAAUAUAUAAAUAUUACAGUUAUAAUAAUCCAAUAAAUAUAUAAGGCAGAUUUCCGAUUGCAGGCUUACUUAGAUAAUGUGGAACCAGGCGCAAUAAACGAAUUAAAGUAAAUGUUACAAUUACGAACUAUACGAAGAUGAUAAAAUAGCAAUCGACCAAACUAAUAUAAGUACCAUAUACUAUCAUUCAAUCAUAUCAACGCGAUGAAACCGCAAUUAAAGAAUUAAAAUAAAUACCACGAUAAUCAAAUUAUACAAAGAUACUGGAACUAACACUACGACAAUUAAAUUUAAAAUAAAAAUAUCAAUCACAUAAUUACGGACAGAACAAACUAUCUAUAUCAAAAAUGCCGCAAAUAUACAUUCAAAAAAUCAUUGAAGAACGCAUAAAAAAUCACAACGCCCUCACAGCAUGAGUGCAGUGCAAAAAUCUCACCAACACGACACACAAGCUUCAAGCAGAAACACCGCCAAAAGAACACGAAAAAAUACUGAAGACACGCGAGAACAGCACAAGAUUCGAUUCCGCGUACUGAGACCUAUUUAUUAUUAAUUUCGUAACGUUGCGUUGGUUCCCCGUUUUCUAAGUAUAAACCUAGAUUGGUAUAUUGGCUUUAUUACUUAAAACUUAAAAACGUUCAUAUAAUUAUUUAUACUGCCUGACAUCCAAUAACAUGUUAAUACAUUGUCCUAUGAUCCUAAAUCCUAAUUUUAAUAUCUAUCCAACCCUUUCUAAAUAUCUUACAACAUUAAUAUACCAAUAUAGGUUAUACUCGAGCCCAAACGACUCAGUAUCUAUCUUAAUAAAGUAAAUCGGAUCGUAUAUAAUAAUGCUUAUCGAAUCACAACACCGAGAUAUCUACACACAUCCGUCGACGAAAAGAUGAAAUCAAAAUAAAUAAUUCUUGUGGACUUUUAUUGGCAUCGUCUAUUUGGGGUAUUUUCAG